CAUAGAUACUGCUGUAUUAGCAAGCAUAGAGAGGCACCUGAUGUUAUGGCAUGAGCUGAGGAUUUCACUCAAUUCUUUGGCUUUCCAUCUUUUAUCCUGCAUUGCCUCUUCCUGUGCAUCUGUGUGCUUAAGCACUUCCACAGUGUGCAUGCAGGUGGGAAAAGCCUUGUGUGCCUGAGGGCAUUCAAGGGAGCUUUCAACUUUCAUAAAACAUAGUGCAUCACCUUAUUAGGACUUGGGAACAAGAGACCUUGAUGUACAUUGUUUGCCUCCAUCGCAGAAAGAUGACUUUCUUCCAAGGCCAGUGCGAGGAUGACUGCUAUUCUCCCUGCGGUUACGGGGGCCUGUAUGGCUACCGGGGCUAUGACUGUGGAAGCCCUUGCGGCUACCGGGGCUAUGGGAGCCUCUACGGCUACCGGGGCCUCUAUGGCUUUGGGGACCGCUAUGGCUUUGGUGGGCUGUACGGUUCCCGGGGCUUCUAUGGCUAUGGGGAUGGCUAUGGCUAUGGGGGUCUGUAUGGCGGCUAUAGGGGCAUCUAUGGCUAUGGGGACUGCUAUGGCUACCCAGGCUUAUACAGCAGCCGCUACGGCUACCCCUUCAGUUCGCGAUAUGGCCAAAGAUACGGCUACGGGAGCUGCUACCCCUGCUAAACCCAGCGGGAACAUCCCUGAAGUGAGGAUCAACCCCGGCCUGGCAAGCAUGGACUGACGGUGAAUCUCAGUGGCGGUGUUUCCUGAUGCAGAGAGCCCCAGCGCCAGCAGCCACCCCUCCGCAGGGGCUUUGAGUGCUCUGCACCACCACCCAAGUGCUUAAAAUGUUUUUGUUUUCCUGCUUUGUGUCUGCUUGCUCUUGUGUACGUCCCAUAGUCUCCUCUUGAUCCACUGUUGGAUCAAAAAACUUGCUUCUCAUCAAUGCUAUGGUUCUAUGUAAACUCUAGAAAUGCUGCUGCAAUAUCUGGCUUUUACGUUUGUUGCAGUGAUGUAUUCUGAAUGAAUGGUAUAGGCAGGGUGUUAUGUGUCUUUGGGAAUGUAGCCUUUCUGUUCUGUAUACCUUUAAAAGUGUAUCUACCUUUCACAUUAAAAGUUAUGCUUCAUCAGUA